GCCGCGGGGGGCAAGGGAUGGGGGAGGCACGAAAGGGGGGCGCCCGCAUGGAUUAGAGCCAACCGCGCUCUUUAAAAAGGUGACGGGGCUGUGCUUCCAUCCCGCCCGCGCCCCGGGAACUUCAAAGCGGCCCAGGCGGCUCGGACCGCCUAGCUCCGCUCUGGGACCUCGCAGCCCCGGCGCGGCCGCCUGGUGGCCAUGACCCGAGCGCAGUGCGCGACGCUCCGCCAGGCUUUCCUGUUGCUCGCCACCGCCGCCGCGCUCUCGACAGGAUUGAAGUGUGUAUGUCUUCUGUGUGACUCUUCAAACUUUACCUGCCAAACUGAAGGAGCAUGCUGGGCUUCAGUUAUGUUGGCCAAUGGAAAAGAGCAGGUGAUCAAGUCCUGUGUCUCUCUCCCAGAACUGAAUGCUCAAGUCUUCUGCCAUAGUUCCAACAAUGUUACCAAAACCGAAUGCUGCUUCACAGACUUUUGCAACAACAUAACACUGCACCUUCCAAUGGCAUCUCCAAAUGCCCCCAAACUUGGACCCAUGGAGUUGACCGUUGUCAUUACUGUGCCAGUCUGCCUCCUGUCCUUGGCCACAGUUCUGACCAUCUGGGCAUGCCAAGGUCGACCGUGCACAAACAGGAAGAAAAAGAGACAAAAUGUGGAGGAACCCCUCUCCGAGUGCAAUCUGGUAAAUGCUGGAAAAACUCUCAAAGAUCUGAUUUAUGAUGUGACUGCCUCUGGAUCUGGCUCUGGUCUACCUCUGUUGGUUCAAAGAACAAUUGCAAGGACAAUCAUACUUCAGGAGAUAGUGGGAAAAGGUAGAUUUGGUGAGGUCUGGCAUGGAAGAUGGUGUGGGGAAGAUGUGGCUGUAAAAAUCUUCUCCUCCAGAGAUGAAAGAUCUUGGUUUCGGGAGGCAGAAAUUUAUCAGACGGUUAUGCUGCGACAUGAAAACAUACUUGGUUUCAUUGCUGCUGACAACAAAGAUAAUGGAACUUGGACUCAACUUUGGCUUGUCUCUGAAUAUCAUGAACUGGGUUCCUUAUAUGACUAUUUGAAUAGAAACAUAGUGACCGUGGCUGGCAUGAUCAAACUGGCCCUUUCAAUAGCUAGUGGCCUGGCCCACCUACAUAUGGAGAUCGUUGGUAUACAAGGUAAACCUGCUAUUGCUCAUCGAGAUAUAAAAUCAAAGAAUAUCUUAGUGAAAAAAUGCGAAACAUGUGCCAUAGCAGACUUAGGGCUGGCUGUGAAGCAUGAUUCAGUACUGAACACAAUUGACAUACCUCAGAAUCCUAAAGUGGGAACCAAAAGGUAUAUGGCUCCUGAAAUGCUGGAUGAUACAAUGAAUGUGAAUAUCUUUGAGUCUUUCAAACGAGCUGACAUCUACUCUCUUGGUCUGGUUUAUUGGGAAAUAGCCCGAAGGUGUUCAGUUGGAGGAAUUGUUGAGGAGUACCAGUUGCCUUAUUAUGACAUGGUGCCUUCAGAUCCUUCAAUAGAGGAAAUGAGGAAGGUUGUUUGUGACCAGAAGUUUCGGCCAAGUAUCCCAAACCAGUGGCAAAGCUGUGAAGCCCUCCGAGUCAUGGGGAGAAUAAUGCGGGAAUGUUGGUAUGCCAAUGGGGCAGCCCGCCUAACUGCCCUUCGUAUUAAGAAGACUAUCUCUCAACUUUGUGGCAAAGAAGACUGCAAAGCCUAAUGAUGAUGAUUCUGUUAAAAAGAAAUCUCUUACAGCUUUUUUUUUUUCUCAUUUUCCCUCUUUAUGUGAAUGUUUUUGCCUUUUUUUGGUGGUUGUUCUACCUCAAAGAUAAUGCAGUACAGUAUUUAAGGGCCCAAAGGCAGCAUGGAAAAAAUAACUCUGAAGUCAAGCAUGGGCAGGAAUUGACUUCAUCCCAUCUCUGUGUUGUCUUUAAUUUUCUUUUGAAAAGCAUCACAUCAGUUCAUCUUUUUAUUUAGUAAGAAAGAUAUUGCAAAAAUAUAAAAUAAGCUAUAUAAAACUAAUACAAGUCAUUAAGAUUUUAUUUUACUUGAAUCAAGAACACAUGAAUGAAGAAAAGGAAAUGUAAAAGCUUUUUUUUUUUCUGAUAUGAAAACACCUUCAUUAAAAGUGUGAACUAGAGCACGUUAUAUCUCAGCAGAAGUUUAGAUUAUAUAAUCUGCGGUUUUCUUUUCUUUUCUUUUUAAAUUUAAGAAGGGUCUUUGAAAAAAAUUACAUAUUGCCCUGAACUUCAGUGUCUAAAACACUGAAAAGGGGAGCCAUUCAGUUGGAAGAUAGAACUGAGGUCCCAGUAGCCACUGGCUUGGCCUCCUUUCUACCUGCUAUCCUGUUCUUCAUAACCCGCUACCACAGCAGCCCCCAAAGCAGUAUGAAAGCCACUACGAUUGCUACUUCCUCCUAUUUACAAAUGAGACAUCGGACAGCUUGGACAUUGAGACUUCCUGAAAGUCACAUAACCAGUGGUGGAGCUGGCACUAGGUCCAAAUCUUGUGAUAACCCACAGUGUAGACUUAGCUAACUUCCUGCUUUCCCAUUAAUUCCCAUAUAGUACUUUUCUCCUUACGCAGAAACAACAGCUUUCAUGAUGGUAUUCAUGGUUUAGUCAAACAGAAGACCAACUGGGUCAUUCUGCACAAUCAUAAUGGGCCUGCAUGAACUCUGAGGACAAUAUCCCUUGACGUUUUCCUCAUAGAAAUUUCAUAGUCUGACUAUUUGUGAGAUAAAUAUUAACGUUUUCUGAAUACUUCCAGAGUUUAAUCAGGUAUAAAGAUGCAUUGUUAGGAGGGGUCUUUAAGAUUUAUUUCAGAGGUUCCCACUACUUUUGUACAUACACACUUAGAAAGAAUAUAUAGGAAGUAGAGGGAGGAGGAAGUAGAAAAUAUUUUGAGAAAAAAUAAGAGAACUCUUCAGUAACUGUAAAUAGCUAUUUCCCUACCUUUUCAAAAUGAGCAAGUCGAUGCAAAAGAAGGCUCAUGGUACUCUUGCUUUUAUUUUACUUCCUGUGGAGACAGAAGUGAUGAAUUCUGAAUAAUACUUGGAACACUGAAUCUUUCUUUCAAAUCUGUAAUUCU